ACAUUAAUUAGGUGUCCAGAGCGCUUUGGAUUUGUUAGAUUUUAUCCUGAAGCUUUGCUGGUUUCUGGUGACAGGUACAACUGGACAUUGUGCUUCAGGGCAUUCUGUGCUCAUGAGUUUUUCAAGAGUUAUUGUAUAGAUUCUGUGAAAAUUAAGUUUUGCCAUGGUGUUAAGUAUACACAUCAAAACAGCAAUGUCAGUGCUGCCACAUAAAAGAAGGCUCCUCUCGCAGCUGACCAACGCUUCUGUGAGCCGGCGGCGCGCGGCGCUGUUCGACGAGGAGGAGCGGCGCCAACGCUCGUUGGUCGGCCGCCUCGAGAAGGUCGAGGUGCGCUACGAGGGCGGCCCGCUCGAGCCCUGCACGCUGAUGAUGAACAGGGGCAUCUCCACGCCACACGACUGCGCGCGCCACCUGUCUGAUGAGGUGGUGGGACGCGCGGCGCUGGCUGAGGUCAAUGGUGAGCUCUGGGAUAUGCAUCGACCCAUCACCGCCGAGUCGUGCACGCUCAAGUACCUCUACUUCACCGAAGCCAACCCCUUCCAUGCGAACAAAGCCUUCUGGCGCAGCUGUUCGCUGAUGCUCGGCGCAGUCAUCGAGGAGGCAUUCAAAGACGAACACUACGUGCAGCUGCACAGCUUCCCCAGCCCCAAUGUGCGCAGCGGCAGUUUCGUGUACGACGUGCAGCUGCCGCUGGACGCAUGGACGCCCAGCGGCGGCGAGCUGCGCGUGCUGGCCGGCAUGAUGCGCCGGCUGGGCCAGCUGGCGCUGCCGCUCCGGCGGCUCGACGUGUCGGCGGAGCUGGCGCUGCAGAUGUUCGCCGAUAACGAGCACAAGCGCCGCCAGGUGCCCAGCAUGGCCGAGCAGUCAGAGACUGGGAACCGGGUGACGGUGUACCGGUGCGGCGACCACGUGGACCUGAGCCGAGGGCCAGCCAUGGCGCAUACGGGCUUGUUGGGGCGCUGUUCCAUCUGUGCCGUGCACCGCGUCCAGGCCGAAUGCGGUCCGCUCUACAGGUUCCAAGGCGUGGCGCUGCCAAACGGCCUCUUGCUGAACCACUUCGCCUUCGGCCUGCUGGAGGAGAGGGCGCGGCAACUGAACACGGCUGGCGCUCUGGCACCCGGCGGGCAGACAGAGGCGGAGCCGGCGGCGGCGGCCGUCUGAGCCGCGGCGGACCCACCGCGUGUCCAGCGCCGCGUCGGUGGCGCCGCGCCUGGCACGCGGCCGGCGGGCGGGACUGCUGGGCGCCACGUGCGACGACAGGGUGCGGGCUGGCUGAAGAAUGGCGCGUGCGGCUGGAUGGCACGCGCGCUCGUCUGCGCCAUACCUGAGAAUACAUUGAGAUACGUGAGAAUACAUUGAGAUACGUGAGAAUGCAUUGAGAUACAUGAGAAUGCAUUGCGACACAUGGCAAUAUAUGAAACGAGUGGC